AUGUCGGCACAAGUCUCCGACAAACGAUGGGUCAAGAUCUCCGUGGUAAAUCCUGAGAUGCGUCUUGAACGAGAGCAAGCUGUCGGAGGUGAGCUCGUCGUCGUCGGCGGCGUCGCUGCUGCCGUUCUUCUGGUGCAAGGGGCAGUGCCAACUGCUGUAGUGAGGCUGCCUGAGAUGCCUCUGCCAGGCUUCGAAAGAAGAGCUUUCUAA